AUGACCGCGCAACCCAUCUGCGUGUUUGAGGAUGUAUGGACUAGGAACACGAAGCGAAUCCCGCUGCAGAAACCCGCCAGACAACACAUUGAGCUGGCUGAGCUCUUUCUCAAGUUGGUACCACACCUUGGGACGAGCGAGAAGGGUAGAAUAGACGAUGAAGCGCUGGCGUACUCUGAAUGGCGCUACAUCGUGUACCUCCGUUUUCUCGACUACAGCCGAUUGACGCCGAAUGAUCAUCCUCCCCCAUUGGAUGUUGCCAUGAUCUGGUACUAUUCAACCAAACUUUUGGUCUCGUUCAUCGCCAUUUCCCAAUGA